AUGGAUUCUAAAAAGGGCUACAUAAUUGGGGUCGAUGUUGGGACAACGAUAAUCCGCGCGGCUCUUUUUGACGGAAAUGGAGAUCUUGUCGUCUGUCAUGACGAUACGGUAGAAAAUGAACAGAAAACCAAAAUAUCUCAGGUUUUUAGGUCGAACCUGUAGUCAAAAGUGGAGAAAGAGGAGAAGUCCUCGUUGAAAUUAUACCCGAUGAUUUGUUUAACAAGUUUAUAUGUGUUGUUAAAAAUUCAUGUGAGUUUCUGACUCUUUUUGAUAUUUUAAAGGACCAAAGUUCAGUGGAACAUGUGCCGUUAUCAGCUGAAGUGUCGUUGGCUAUCGCUACUCAACGGAAUUCUAUUGUUGUUUGGGAAAAGUGAGUUGAAACUUCAAAUUCUUGUGAAGUAAAACCCUUAACGUUCAUAAGGAAGACUUUCAAAAUCUAGAACUUUUUGGAAGAAAAGGGAAAAAACUAUUGUUCAAUCAGAAUGCGUUAAAAUUUUUUAAAUUCUCAGAAAAAAAGUCUCAGUUAUUCAUACGGAUUGAACUGAUUUUUUUGUUGUUUAUCAUGCUUUAUAUUUGCUACAUUAAAAAAAGAUUUUUGCAAAACAACUUUUCAUUUCCAAAAAUAUUAAUUAUACCAAAAAAAGAGUUGCUGCCGAAUUUCGAAAAAAAUUAUUCAUUUUUUUAGGAUAUGUUUCAAGAAUUUUAGUUCACCUUGUAGGCAGUAAUUUUUGUAUUAUAAAGUGAUCUUCUUGAUGGGUUCAUGCAAAUAGAGAAGAGAAGCCAGAAAGAAGAGAGGAGAGAGCAGAAGCUCGAAUUGUUUUUUUCUUUUUCUUAUCUGUUCUUAGUUUCAAAAAUGAAAUUUUUUUUUCUUUCAUAUUUUUACUUUUUUUACUUUUUUUAGAAGUAAAAAAACGCGAAAUGUCCAAUAUCAUUUGUUGGAAUGACGGCAGAGCGAACAACCAUUGCCGUCAGUUCAACAGCUCGUUCACAUUCAAAGUAAGACAAAAUCUUCCAUUUUAUUCAAAAAUAUUCGAAUUCCAGGUGAUCAACGCGUGUGGAUUCGUACUACAUGCAAUAACCCGGAAAGCCCGUUUUUUAGCGGCUCGACGUCUCAGAAUGCUUCCCUCCAUGUUGUCUCACAGGAUGAUCGAUAUGAUAGACAAUGUGAGUGUAAUAAACUCACAAGUUGGUCAAAUCCCUCAAUUUCAGUCUGAAGAACUGCAGUCCCUUCUUCAAAAAGAAGAUUUAGCGUUUGGAGGCUUGGAAUCCUGGCUCAUAAUGCGGAUGUCUCACAAAAACGAACACGUCUUUGAAACCUCCAGCAUUUCUUCUUCUGGAACUUUUGAUCCUUGGAUUGUAUGUAUCAGUUGAUUUUCUUAACAAAAUGGAGCUAGACAUGAUGACAAUGUUCAGGGUGAUUUCAAUCACUUUCUUCUUGGAAUCAUUGGAUUCCCAACAAAAUUAUUGGCCCCCAUCCGCGACACAAACUUCUCCGAUUCUCCCGCAAAACCGAAACUUGACGCCAAGUUCUGCGGACGAGAAAUUCCUAUUCAUGCAAUGGUUUGCUGGGAAAUGCUGAAAAAUCUUGUCAAUCAUGAAAUUUUAAGAUUGCUGACCAACAAGCGGCUACUUUCGGCAGUGGAGUCUGGAAACCUGGCGACGUGAAAGUUUCUUUGGGAACCGGAACGUUUGUUGACGUGGUAACCGAAGAAGCUCACGCCUCAGUUACUGGUUAGGGGUUUUGUCAGUUUUUCAUGGGACGUUUCCCUGUUAAGACCAAACAUGGUCUUUUUUGCGACUUAAAAAUGUGGGGAAUUCUCUGCGCUCUCCUUUUUUCUCGUUGUCUUUUUCAUGUUUACGUUCUAUAUCCAUGUUUUUCUGACCUCGCCGGUGAGAAAACCAAUAGACGCAGACACGCGAAAACUGUCAACUCGCAACGGACGGACUAUAUCGGUUUUCAAAAAGAGAAGUAAACAUUGAUAUGUGCUAGGUCAUAGCGUUUUUAUAUAAGUUUAUACACGUUUACUUCCGUGAGUAAAAUCAAAAGGUGACAAACUUCGAACUUCGCUAUGUGUUUCAUAGGUUUUCCGUACUUUUUUCAAAAGUUCUUCCGAAAUCUGUAUUUUUUUAUCUAUUUCUAAAUCUAGGUAAAAAAAAUUUCGGCGAACACCCAACUUUUGAGUUCUAAAUUGUUCAAUGUGUUUUUCAUGAUUCUAACCUUCUUUCCUCUCCUUGUGUUUUAAAUUUUGAUUUUUUUUAGGUUUUUACCCACUGGUCGGCUGGCGUCUAAACGGAAAAUCAACUUUCUUAGCUGAAGGCAAUGCCUAUGACACGAGCACAAUUCUGAAUUGGGCACAAUCUGUUGGUAUCUAACUAAUUUGUUAAAAAUCGUCUAAAUACUUAUUCUUAAGGCUUUUUCGACAAUGUUAAAGAAACUUCGAGCAUAGCUCAAUCGGUCGCAAACUCCAAUGGAACUUUUUUCAUUCCAGCUUUUUGUGGUAUAACGACUCUCACUAAUCGGAAAAUUUAUGAAAGAUUUCAGGCCUCCAAGUGCCAAUAAAUGAUGAAAACGCUUGCUGUGGAUUUAUAGGUUUCAAGCCAGACACAACCAGAAGUCAUAUGUUUGUUUGAAAAUGCCAUCUUUGAAAUCAUUUUUUUGUAAGUUUAGGAUUCGUGCGCUUCUUGAGUCGAUUGUCUUCCGAGUUUUUCAAAUUUUCAACGUUGCUCAGAACGAAUUAACAAUCGAUAAUGACACCGCUAUUAGGUAAAAAAAAAGCCGGAAACAAUUCUGAUAACGAUAAAGUUCAGAAUAUGUGGAGGAGUGUCUCAAAACGACUUCAUAUGCCAGGCAAUCGCAGACAUUUUGGAACGUGAUGUCGCUCGAUCGGAUGAGCCUCGAUUGACUGCCGCAAAAGGGGCCGCAUUCAUUGCGGGAAUCUCUCUGGGUAAUUUUUUCAAUACUGUUUCAAGUGAAAAAAUGUUAAUUCCGUAUGAAGUUUGCUUGAAAAAAGCCGUACCUAUCCUUGAUAAAAAAAACGAUAACCAAAAAAACUAACUUUUGAACCAAAUGAAUUUGAUUUUAGCGACAUCGUCAAAAACAAUUUGAAUCUAUCGUACCAAAACAGGAGUCUGUCUGAAUUAUCAAAACUUUUUUUCAGGCUACUGGAAGCUCGAAGACCUUUCACCCAAGCUUCCAAUAGAAAAAAUCUUCGAACCGCAAGGAAGAGAGGUCCACGAGAACAUUAAGAAGACUUACUCGGCUUGGGAAAAAGCCGUGAAACGUUGCGAACGGUUUUACGAGCAACACUUGUCAAAUCAAUAA